AUGGACGCACAACAAUUCAUCAAUGAAAAAUACCCAACAAAAGAAGAAAGAAUUAAUGAAACGAAAUUAAUUAUAAAUAAACAAAAUCUUGAAGGAUAUUUGGAUUUAUCAGAUUUUGUUAAUUUGGAAUUAUUAAAUUGUUGUGAUAAUCAAUUAAUCGAUUUAAAUAUUAGUAAUAAUAAGAAAUUAAUUGAUAUUGAUUGUUCACAAAAUAAAUUAAAUCAAUUAGAUACAAGUAAUACUGAUCAAGAAAGAAUUGAUCAAGGAAUUUAUAAUCAAUUUUAUGGUAGUUUGGAACCUUUAAAAGGUUUAAUUAAAUUAGAAAAUUUAAGUAUUAAUAAUACUGAUAUAGAUUCUGGUUUAGAAUAUUUAUCUUAUAAUAUUAAAAAUUUAAGAUGUUUGGCUGAUAAAAGAUUAGAUGCUAAAGUUAAAAUAAUUUAUAAUCAACUUGAAACUUUUGCUAUUGAUGAUAUUGAUGCUUGGCAAGGUAGAUAUAAUUUAAGAGGAUGGAAAAAAAAUUGGGAAUUAACUAAAGAAAUGGAAGAAUUAACUAAAGAAAUAACAUUAAGUGAAGAAGAAGAAAGUUCUGAUGUUCAAAAUCGUUUAACAGAAUUAGAAAAAGAAGAAAGUAAUUUAGUAAUUAAAAAAGAUGAAUUGGAAACAAAAAAAAUUAAAUUAGAACAAAAUGUAAAAAUUUUACAACAACAAAUUUAUAAUUUAAAUAUUAAUUUAGAAGAAAUGAAUAUUGUUUAUCAAAAAACAAAACAAGAAUUAGAAGAAAAAGAAAAUGAAUUAAAAUCCAUUACUGCUGAGCAAUUAAUGGAAAAAGGAAUAUUAGAAAGAGAAGCAAAUAUUUUAAAAGAAGAUUUAUUAAAUAAAGAAAAAGUUAAAAAAGAAUUAGAAGAAAAAUUAAAAGAAACUAAUGAUGAUUUAAAAAAUAAGGAAGAAGAAUCUAAAGAUUUACAUAAUCAAUUAGUUAAAAUCAAUAAAUCAAUUAUUGAAAUUGAAACUAAAAAAAAGGAAUUAAAUUCUCUUAAAGAUGAAUUAAAUAAUCAAUUAUAUAAAGCUAAAUCUAGUACAGCUUCUUUAAGAAAAAAAAUGAAUGAUUUAAUGGAAAUAUUAAAAUUUAAAAGUAAAGAAUUACAGGGUCAAUUAAUGAAGGCUAAACAAACACAAAAUAAACUUGAACAAACUGAAAAAAAUAAAAAUAUUCUUCAAAAAGAAAAAGAUGAAUUAGAAAAACUUUUAGAAAAUCUUAAACAAGAUGAACAAAAUUCUCAAAAUAAACUUAUUAACCUUAGUAAUCAAUUAAAAAAUAAGGAGGAUUUUAUUAACAAACUUCAACAACAAAGUGAACAACGAAUUAAAGAAUUAAAAAAUCAAUUAGAUGAAUUAACUAAAAAAAAUGAAAAAGCUUUUCAAAAAGAAAACGAUCUUUUAAAGAAACUUCAAAAAAAUAAACAAAAUUCUCAAAUUCUUAAAAAUCAAUUGAAAAAUAAGGAAACUUCACUUAUUAAAUUUCAACAACAAAGUAAACAACAAAUUGAUAAAUUAAAAGAACAAUUGGAUGAAGAAACUAGAAAAAGUAAGGAGACUUUUCAAAAAGAAAAGGAUCUUUUACAAAAACUUCAGGAAAAUGAAAAGAAUUUUCAAAAUCACUUAAAAGAUAAAGAAAUUUCUAUUAAUAAAUUUCAACAACAAAGUAAGCAACAAAUUGAUGAAUUAAAAAGAAAAUUAGAUGAGGAGACUAGAAAAAAUGAAAUGGCUCUUCAAAAAGAAAAGGAUCUUUUAGAAAAGUUACAAGAAAAUGAGCAAAAAUCUCAAUAUAAACUUGCAGGUCUUGAAAGUCAGUUAAAAGAAAAAGAUUCUUCUAUUAAUAAGCUUCAACAAAAAUUUGAUGAUUUAAAAGAACAAUUAAAUAAAUUUCAAAUGCAAGCUAAAAAAACUAGUCUAAAAGAAUUACGGGAUACUCUUAAAAGUAAUCUUGGUAGAAGAGGAAAGAUCUUACUGGAGAAUCUUUUAAAAGAGCAAAGGAAUAUCAUUUUAACUAAUAAUAGUUCUGCUUUCAAAAGAUUGGAAGAAAUUAAACGGGAUUUAAGUGUUGAUUUAAUGUUAGAGGAGGAUAUUUCCAAUCUUCAAUCUCUUUUAAAUUUGCAAACGGAAAUAAUUCAGUUAGAGAUGCAACUGCCGAAUCAAUAA